AUCCUUUUAGGUUUGGCACUGAAAUGGGAAAUGACGCGCCAUGUUUGCACUAGGUCGCCAUCUUGUGCCUACUCGGCGCUAGUGUAUGUUACAGUAUGUCAGGCUAAAUGCAACAAUAAUGGCGCUCGAGUUGAUCGCAGAGGCCUGAAAGAGGAGGGGAGCAACAUGAGCAGUCAGGAGGAGCUCUGUCAUGACUGGAUGGACAGCCAUGAUGGAUCUUCUCCACCUAGAAAAGCCAGAACCGGUUUCGGAGGGUUCCGUCGCCAUCUCUCUCUGGGAGACUACAGCCCCAAAUCGGACCCUUCUGUCCAGGAAACCACAGAGCUCUUUCCGCUCAUGGAGACCAAACUGUACAAGCGGCGUUGGGUUAUGCUCUUCCUCUUUUGCGUCUAUUCCAUGAGCAACGGCAUGAUGUGGCUGCAAUAUGGCAUCAUCAGCAACAUCUUCAUGCACUUUUAUGGUAUCGAUGACCUGGAAAUCAACUGGCUGUCUAUGAUUUAUUUCGUCACCUACAUCCCUCUCAUCGUGCCUGUCAUGUGGCUGCUGGACAACCGAGGCCUCAGGGAGGUCGUCGUGGUGGGAUCCGCCUUCAACUGCAUCGGCGCUUGGAUCAAAACGAGCACGGCUCACCCCGACUUGUUUGCUGUGGCCUUCGUCGGACAGUUUGUGUGUUCAGUGGGGACCGUUUUCCUCCUUGGCAUGCCAUCCAAACUAGCUUCUCUGUGGUUUGGGCAACAGGAGGUGUCCAUGGCCUGUUCUCUUGGCGUUCUGGGAACCCAGAUGGGCAUUGCGAUUGGGUUUCUGAUCCCCCCCAUCCUCGUGCCUAAUGUUGACAAUGUGGAGGAGCUGGCACACCACAUUAAGAUCAUGUUCUACAUCAGCGCUGGUGUGGCCACCAUCAUUUUCAUCCUUGUGAUCAUUGUGUUCCAAGAGAAACCAGAGCUCCCUCCCACGCAGGCCCAGGCUCAGGCCAGGUGCAUCCCUCCAGAGAGCUACUCCUAUCUGGCUUCAAUUUGGAGGCUGCUGCGCAACAAGCCUUUCAUGCUGCUGGUGGUCAGCUAUGGACUGAAUGUUGGCUGCUUUUAUGCUGUGUCCACACUUCUGAACCGAAUGAUCAUUGAACACUAUCCUGGCGAGGAGGUGAAUGCAGGUCGGAUUGGGUUGACCAUUGUCAUUGCAGGCAUGGUGGGAUCACUCAUCUGUGGAAUUUGGCUGGACAAGACUAAAACCUACAAACAGACCACGCUGGUCGUAUAUGUGCUGUCCCUGAUUGGGAUGCUGGUGUACGCCUCCACGCUCAACCUGGGCCACCUAGGGGUCGUGUUUGUCACAAGUGGAGUUUUAGGCUUCUUCAUGACAGGCUACCUUCCUUUGGGCUUUGAAUUUGCAGUAGAGCUCACCUAUCCAGAAUCAGAGGGAACCUCAUCCGGUCUCCUCAACUGUUCAGCUCAGAUCUUUGGAAUCAUCUUCACCAUCGCCCAGGGAAAGAUUAUUGACCGAUGGGGCACUUUGGCAGGAAACAUUUUCCUGUGUAUAUUCCUUUUAAUAGGAGCUAUCAUGACUGGAUUCAUUAAGUCCAACCUCCGGAGGCAAAAGGCCAACCGACAGGCCGGUGGGCAAUCAGUGAGUCCUGCAGGCUCGGAGGCAUCGGUGCAGGACUACGGGGGCACAUCUUGCAGCAACCCCUGGCAGCGGCAGUUCUGAUAUAAACUUACAAGCUCACUAAAAACCAAAACACACACCUGCCAAGGGCAUGACCACUGUUCUAGAUGAAAGCCUACCAACUCGCAAAUCCCAAAGGAAGGACUUGUACGUAGGAAUACAGGAAGAAAUAGGAUGCAUUCCACUGUGAAAGCCUUGGCGAGGAUGAUUGGCGGCUGUAGCAACCAAGUAAACUUCAACGGCUGUGCCAUGAGGACACCACACUGUAGACGCAACAUCCAUCCAUCCUCAUACAGAUCCGAAAAUAAGCACAAAAACAAUGCACUUAGAACCUCUUAGUUUAUAGCUUAAACAUCAAGUGACGCGUGACCUUUUCAUGUCCUCUCACGUCAAAUUUUGCUCUACUGCUACUACAAUAGUACAACUAUUACUAUUACAGAACUUCUGUCAGUGAUCAAUAUCAUAACUGCGUUCAAGCUUUACUUUGCAGAAGCAUUUUUAGAAGAUUAAGAGCACUGUGAUAUGUUUUCACAUCAUGGCAGCUGGAAGGUUUUCUGCUUGUCAUUCCGGAUCCCGCACAAGUAAACAAACAGUCAUUCGCACUCACAUUCACAACUACGGGCAAUUUAAGAGAGAGUCUCCAAUGAACCUACCAUGCAUGCUUUUGGGAUGGGGGAGGAAAUCGGAGUCGCUGGAGAAAACCAACGCGGGCACGGGGAGAACAUGCAAACUCCACACAGGCGAGGCCGGAUUUGAACCCGGGCCCUCAGAACUGUGAGGCAGAUGUGCUAACCGGUCGUCACCGUGCCACCCACAUUGAAACUUGAGGAUUGAUAUUUGGAUCAUUAUGAAAGAAGAGGAGAUGCAUUGAAUCGGCUAUUUUGCACAAGAAAAACACCAAAUAUUUUACUAAUUAAAAAUAUGCUUUGCUUGUGAAACUCAUUACAGAGAAAUGCAUAGUUUGUGAUACUUGUUUCAGUUUAUAUGUUGUGGAUUCUUGUCUUGUGGAUUCUCUGUUACAGAUCAUGUGAUUGGUGGAGUUGCUAAUUUAUCAUUAUAUGGAAUUAUAGGUCUUUGCAAAAAGCUGUGAACGAGAUUUCACUCAUUGAUAAUAAUAAAUUAUUCCUAUUGGGGACCUCAUAUGA